GAUAGAGCGGCGGAGUGGUUUGACGGGCAGUCGAGGUUGCAGCAGGCAGAGGGAGACGGUGGAAGGUAAAGCAGGGAGGCAGCAUCAUGGCGGACAGAGACAGUGGCAGUGACCACGGAGGGCCCACCGCAGGCCCCGGCACGCUGCCCCCGGGUGCGAUGGGCGCCAUGUCCCGGCUGCAGCACGACACCGAGGAGCUCGCCUCCAAGCGCGUCGACAUCCAGAACAAGCGCUUCUACCUUGACGUGAAGCAGAAUGUUAAAGGCCGCUUCCUAAAGAUAGCCGAGGUCGGGGCUGGGGGGAACAAGAGCCGCCUCACUCUCUCCAUGUCGGUGGCCGUGGAGUUCCGCGAUUAUCUCGGGGACUUUAUUGAACAUUACGCCCAGCUGGGCCCGACCAACCCGGACAUAGUGCAGGAUGAGCCCCGGCGGGCGCUCAAGAGCGAAUUCCUGGUGCGGGAGAAUCGGAAAUAUUACAUGGAUCUGAAAGAGAACCAGAGGGGGCGGUUCCUGAGGAUCCGGCAGACCGUUAAUCGGGGGCCCGGAUUGGGAAGCGCGCAAGGCCAGACUAUCGCUCUGCCGGCGCAAGGUCUCAUUGAGUUCCGCGACGCUUUGGCCAAACUCAUCGACGACUACGGCGUGGACGAGGAGCCGGCAGAGCUCCCCGAGGGCACCUCGCUCACAGUCGACAACAAGCGCUUCUUCUUUGACGUGGGCUCCAAUAAGUACGGGGUCUUCAUGCGGGUCAGCGAGGUGAAGCCCACGUACCGGAACUCCAUUACGGUUCCGUGCAAAGUGUGGUCCAAAUUCGGCAACACCUUCUGUAAAUACGCGGAGGAAAUGAGAAAGAUCCAGGAGAGGAGUAGAGAGAAACGGGCCUCCGAACUGCUACCUGAGGGCCCGCACGGCGGAGAUGAGGGCGACGAUGACUGACGCGGAUUUUAAGAGAGCAGAAAUGAAACAACAAAGACAAAACUGAACUCUGAGAGAAAACGAGACUUUGAACCGAAAAUUGAAAGAGAAUUUCCAAGGGAAUCACCCCACACACAACCUCCACAGACAUGGCAGCACCUCUGCUGUCUCCUCGCUCAUUUUACUGGAUGUCACCCCACUUACCACCCAUGUGACAGUAAGCCGCUGCUAUCAAGGAUUGAACUGAUCAUCAAGUUUGUUUGAUUCAAAACUGGUAACCAGUGACGUACGUAAUGCGUCGCAGCCUGUACCCGACCCCGCCCUCCUACCCGAGCGAGUGAACUUUAAUGAGUGGGCAGGCCCAUCAUCAUACCACACUCAAGCUUUGUCCCUAUUGACUGGUUCCAGUGAUACAGUUGCUGGUAACUGCUGAUGAAUGCCAGCUGACGUCUGUUUCCGGGAACUUUGCUCCACCUCAAGUGAUCCUUGUUCAGUGGCCGUCCAAUCUGUCUGACCAAGUAAGGACUGCCUCGGUUUGCAGGGGUCCUUGAUUUUAAUAUAUUGCUGAUUGAACCUUUUAAAUCUUUGCGCGCAGUGUUCUCUUCAGGUUAUUGGCCAAUUACAUUUAUUGUGUACAGUAGUGAUUUGUAUUGUACAGAAGUUCUUUUGCACUUUACAUGGGGAUUUUCAUACUGUGCAGAAAUAUUACCUUGAUGUAUAGAGAAUGCUGUAAAAAAUCAGCAUUAUCUAUACAUCAAGGUAAUAUUUCUGCACAGUAUGAAAAUGAAAUGAUACAUAUAAAAUCAAACUAGAAUCUUUUAUCUUUCUGCUACAUCAAAAGUAGAUGUUUUAAUACUGCAGGUUUGGAGCCGCUUCUUUAAAUACAGUCUGUGUGACAAACACAGGUAAUUUAAAGGUAAGUUUUCAACACUAAGAACUCAGACAAAAACAAAGUAGAAGUAAAAAUGGCAUGUGUGGUCAGUCAGUUUUAAUUUGAGUGUUUCAGUGAGUGUAUUUAAUUAUCAGUAAAAGAACUGCGACCCAUUAUGUUGCUAGAGGUACAAAUAAAAUGCAUAAAGGUUAUAAUUGCAGGUAGCUGGUUCUAUGAAUACUUCACUAUCUCCAAAAUGACCCUGCUUAGGGUCACCAGAAGUACAGGGUUGGACAUGCUCUCUCCAUUCAAAUACAAGAGAAGAGAUUUUUAACACACCCACUGUUCCAAAAAAAUUAAUAUUGUAGUAAUUAAAUUUUCUUUCUAUAUUUUCCUAUGCUCUUUCCUUAUAGACACACGCGGGUAGCUAUAUAACCGUCACACUAUGUACUUACUAUGCUAUGGUAUUAAAGGUUCAGUGUGUAAUAUUUAUGAGGAUCUAUUGACAGGAAUGCAAUAUAAUAUCCAUAACAAUGAUCUCAGUGGUGUAUAAAGACAUGUUGCCAUGUUGCACCGCCAUGUCUCUACAGUAGCCCAAAUGGACAAACGGCUCUACAGAGUGCAUUUUGUCACUAGGUUAAAUACCUACAAAGAAGAAGAAGAAGAACAAGAAGUAACGUUAGUAGUACGAGUUGUAGUCGGUUUGUUAGAAGUAAGAAAAGAACAUGUGCUACACGCAGAAUUUUAAAAGGUGUUAUGAUGCAGACACCCUUUUUGUGUGAAGUUAAUGUAGUUUAUUUGUCAUGGUAUGAUACAUAACGUAAACCAUAACACAUUAAAUAUCAUGCUAGGCUAGUUUUGUGAAUGUAUUCUUCUGACUUGGGUUGCAGCCAAGCGCUGAGAUACGUACUGUAAAGGUGAACUCUACAACAGUUCCAGGAUGGGUAGACACUGUAUGCUCUUACAAACUCACAAUUUAUUGUCUGUGGCUAUUAGGUACUUGAAAGCUUUGGUCAAGUGAACAGCUGUUUUAUAAUGGAUUUGACUAAUAUGCUAACUUUAAAGCUCUGCAGACUAAGCACAUUAAUGAGCAUCCUCCAGUGCAUUUACCCAUGUUGGGUAACACAAAGUAAUGUCUGUGGCACUCAAAUAAGCAAUUUUUUUAGCACAGCGUUAACGGUCUUAAUAAAUCACAACCACAGUCAUCUGUAUAAAAGCUUACUUUAUGAAGCACAGACUAAAUAUUCAGUAAAUAUGUCCUUUACAUA